UUUUCUGAAGGUGAGAGUGAGACGUCUAUCAGCAGCGGUAUGCGUAAAAUAGCAAACUUAAGAAAAUAAACAUUUUACAGACUUUUAAAUUACAUAUGAACAUUGUUGAAAUAUAAUAAAUCAUGGCGGCGACAAGGCCCCCUUUUCCUACACAAAAUCAGCCUCGACCACAACUUAACUUUCCAAAUGUUCCGUUCAACUCAGGACAUCCAACUUAUCCACGACCCCACUUUAAUGGGAUGCUGUAUGGGAAUCAUCCUAACCCUGCUGUCAACCACAUGUACUACGGAGGCGCUCCUGCUCCUCCUCCCCCUCCAAAACCUCCUCAGCCCGUCAGCUUCCUCAGCCCAAAUUCCAAUUAUUCUGACCAUCGAGCCUUGCCUCCACCUCCUGGGACGUCGUCGCCUCCCCGACAAUUAGCACCUCCUGUGAAUAAUUCUGGCGAGGGUUUUGGUCCACUAAUCCCUCCACCCCUCCCACCAUUGUUCCCUUAUUUGAGCCAGUCGUUGCAUGACUCAUUGAAUGACGGCGCCGCACAAUGUGGAAUAUCUUUCGUUGAAGAGUCCGCAGACCUGUCCUUCAUACCUGUAAUCAUAGAUGAUAAUGACCUCAAAAAAAUGACUGAAUCUGUGAAAACACAGUUUGAAGAAUCUAGACAGCAGAAUUUGUUGCUGUAUGAAGAUAUCAUUAAUCCUAAUUGGCCGAAAGAGUUAAGGGAUAUGUUUCAGCCCUUAUACUGCAAACUAUGCAAGUUAACUCUCAGUUCACCAGUUGUUGCAAGGGACCACUAUAAAGGAAAACGCCAUAUUCGUGCUGCCGAAGUUUGGAUGCAGAAUAACCCUUCCUGUAAAGUUCAGCGACAACCUCAGAGUAAUAACCGAAAUCCUGGUAAUCAACCGAUUUCUGGUACUAUCAAGCCAGUCGGAGAAGCCUCUCGGGGUGGGGGGUCAGUUCCAUACUCACAGUCCCAGCGACCAUCGUCAUUUCGAAAAGACACUAGUUUUCACCAAAAUCCCCAAGGGCAUGAUAGGACAUCUUUUGUGCCACCCCCUUACAAACAGCAACAAAAUUCUAAUUUCAAGCGAAAUGCAGGAGGCGGCAGUGUCUCACAACAAUCACAAUCCCCCCCAGAAUUUAUUCCAGCGUAUAGAGCAGCUUUAGCUCCUUCCGGUCCUAGCAGAAAAAAACCAAAGAAAGAAGGAGGUGGGAGUUCAAAUUUUGGUUAUUGUUCGCUCUGUGAUGUCCAUCACACUUCCGCUGUCACUGCAGAGCAACAUAUAAAUGGAAAAAAUCACAAAGCCAAACUAAAUGCUAACAAAACUGGGGGAGAUCAGCCUAGGAGUAAUCAAUAUUAUGAAGACUCAAAUUUUGGAAAUUUUGCAUUCAAAGGAAAUAGUACUCUCUCUGCUGCGAAACAGCCUCCUAAUGUGAAUGGUCCUAACCAUUUUAGAUAACGAAUUUGAUUGUUAAAUGCAUUCAAAAGUCAUUAAUUUCUAUUGUGUUUAUAUCAAGUUGCAUAAAUAAGUAAAUUAACUUUAGCCAUUGCAAAA